AUGAAUUUCUUAGUUGUAUCUGUAUUAAUAUGUGUGUUGGUGGAGAAGAUUUCCACUUACAAAACCUUCUCAGCCCUCAACAGCAUCGUGUUCACGAAUAUUGCUUCACCUAAACAAUAUGCUCACAGUGAAUAUUAUUUCGGAAAAUGUGCGAUCCACAACAAGGAACUCCUCGGACGCGACCUUAUAAAAUCAGAUAAAAUGAUAGGAUCAAGGAUUGUUCGGGGUCAACUUAAUUUAACAGACAACGAACCAUAUCCUAACUGCGUGUACAUAAGAGCGACUUCUGCUUUCGGCGACAUGGUUAGGUUCCAAACGUACGCAUUCAACGUUUGUUUCGUCAAAAUACUUCAUAACCACCGCGCCCAAAUCUUCACAUAUCACUUCUAUGAAUGGUUCAUACCUGCGGAAAUGGCACCCGGAAUUACUUGGGAAAUAUUCUUCUUCCGCGUCUGA